GUUGGUGAGGCGGAUUGUUUGGAGCUUACGAUUUCAUGUACUCUUAGUAAGGGAUUGGGUUGUUGCAGGUAUUGGGUUUGUUUUUGGCUGUUUCCUGGCCACUUAUCAAAUUGACAAUCCUCCCUGCGUUUUUCAAAUGGGUGAAUGUAAGUCUGAUGGUCAAUGUGAGUCUAAGAGCUCUCGGAUCCAUUAUUCUCGAGAAGAAAUCCUGGCAGUUAAAGAAAAUGCAGUUUCUACUGCUGAAUUUUCGGACGAAUUCUCCCGGAUAAAUGCUUCUGUUAUGCGUUCAACUCGCGGAAGGCCUAGACCCAAUUCUUUUUCUAAAACUCAGGGAGGUGAGAAGACUCGAGAUGCUUCCAACAUAGUCCUUGGUCCUCAAAAACGUUCGUGGAACACUGGUUGUCAUGUCUCUCAACAGCCUCAAAGUCGUGAAACGUCAGAUGCCAACAGUUCUACUCGUUGGCCUAAAUUUAACUCAGAAAACCGAUCCUACGACAAGCAGCAUUGUAAAACGACUAGUGACUACAAAAGAGAGUAUCGGUCCAACGAUAUUCGUGGCUCUGGUCGAGGUCGUGAUCGUGGGCUGGGAAGACAUGCUGAAAGUGCUCCGUUUGUUAAAAACCACAGCAAAGAAGACCGUUACAGUUAUGACCGUCGAAUUUCUUGUUCGCACAGCGAUGAUGAACCUGAGUGGUUUGCAGAAGGUCCUACCACGGUUAACGAAACGAUUGAACUUGGAGGAAUUUUAGAAGAAACCGUGGAAUGUGGCUCACCCAGAAAGUGCGUAGGAGUGGAAAAUGAUCUUUCGCAAGUUGAUGAUAGUAUAUUGACAAAUUCGAGCAUUAGUACUCGAAACGUUUUUGAUGACAAAGCCUUGGAAGACGACAGCAAUCCAUUCCCUGAACAACCAAGCAAAUCCACAACGAGUGUCACGGAUCACGUGGUGUCCGACAAUCAAGGAAGCCGUUUCAAACACCUGUUUCAAAAGAAUGAGAUAUCAGAUGAAAAUAAGCUUCCGAACAAACCAGCUUCUUUAGACAAUAUCAACGAACAGUUACUUAGGUUGCUGAAAGGUCCGUGCGGAAAUUCUGCCAGUCAUCUCAGUCCUGAAAAGAACAGUGGUAUGGUAUCUACAAAUCCUAGUUCUUUUUCAACUCUUCAAGUUGAAAAUAAGCUUCGCUCUAUUCUACUUGGACAUGGCACUGUUUAUCCCCCGAAUGUUGGGCCGGUCAAAGAACCAAAACCAGCAGUACUAACUGUUGAAGAAAUUGAAGCUCAGCUUAAAUUACCUCAAGGAGAUUCAACUGAUAUAAACGAAUCAAUCGAUCCAAUCGUUGAUCCUCUUACUCACUAUUCGGAUCCUUUCAUAGAUGAUCAAGCCAUCAAAUCUCGUGGCAUACCUAUUGGCUCAUCAAAAAACGGUAGCUUGUUUUCUCAUUCAGGAACGACUUCCAACCUGGUGCCUAUUUUGCAAUCACUGAUGAUCAGAAAACAGCAAAACUCCGUCUACUCUCAGUCUACAAAUCAGCAAAAUUCACACUCACAUUUUGGACUGGUCUCAAAUUUUAUGGUAUGCAAUCUUUUCUGUGGACAUUAACUAUCGAUAAAGUCUCACAUGUUUACUAUUUUCUUAUUGGCUCAAUACAAUGGUUUGCGUUUGUUUCUUAAUAGCUUGGUACUACCAUUGAAGUAGCUGCUAUGAAUUUGAUCAUCUUGUGUUAAUGAGGUGUGGCAGCUUGAACCAGUGCAUAUAUGUGCCUGGUCCUACUUUGUAGCUGACUGAUUGACUGAACUUGGUAUAAAAAUUUCAUUUUCUCAUCUAUCUAACUCUUCUUUCUUUUAGGGAGAUGCCACGUCUGCAGGACCAUGUAUUAGUCGAUUGCAAAGCCCAGGUGUCCCCCUUGAUGUACCUUGUGAUGUCGAUCUACCUUUGCAUGGUAUAGUGAUUUUCCUUAAAUUACUUUUUAGGUUCCCUUCGUCAAAUUUGGAAUGGCACGAGGGAUGUUGCUGCUCACACAAGCCCACAAUUGCACCCCUUAGGUUUGUAUCCUGAUGCAUCUAGAUUUCAAGCUAUUAAAACUCCGGACUCAGGAUUACCUGGAAGACCUAUAGUUAAGGCCCAACAAAAUAUAUUUGCUGAUUACAACUCAAAUAAACAGGCACCAAACUCUACUUUCAAUAAUAGCCAAAGCCAUUUGUCUGUCAAUCCAUCAGUUCACCAAGAUUCUAGCCAUCGUCUGCUUGAUAUGAAUGUGAAGCAGUUCUACCUUGGCAGUACUGAGUCCUCAAAUCUAAAUAAUUCUCAUGGAUCUUUACCUUGUUCGAAACAAAACUAUGGAAAUUUAUUGCCGUUCCAAAGCUCAAGCCCAUCACUAGCGUCAUCUAUUAAUUGGAAUAAGAAUUCCUCUGCUCAACACCAAACUAAGGUUAAUGAAUCUCUAACUAGUAAUGGAAGUUUGACUUUGUUAUCACAACUCGUUGAGUGGGAAAAAUCAAAACAACUACUUAGAUCUAAUCCAUCCUUUAAUCAAACGAAGGCGAAAACGCUAGAAGAAAUAGAACAAGCAGAGUCUUCAAGAACUAAUAUAUUCUUUUGAAUUUGCAAAACUCGUGUACCUAGAUUAGAGACUCCGAGAAAUUUCGUCGGGUUAAUUUCAUUCCUUACCAGAUCUUGUAAAUUUAUUUUCUAUAUAAGAUCUGCGUAGUUUUCGCAUGUGCGGAAACAGUGUACAUAGUUUAAUUUUCUUCACAAGAUUGCGAUAUACUUGUUUGCGUAACUAUUUAAUUCUGUCAAUACUUUUCUGUGAAUAUUUCCCUUUAUACUGGAAUUCCAGUAACAGAUCCCUUUUGGUCUCUUAAAAUUGCACUUCAGAUGUGCUUAGUUUAUUCUCAUUUUGCCUUAUUUUGUUGAAUAACCACAGUUUAUGCAUUUCUUUCUGAC